ACAAUGUAUGCCCCUGCUGGUUCAACAGUUAUCAGUCCACUGACGAGCAUCGUUCAGAUGCUUAUUGACGAAUACGAGCAGCCAAUAGCAACAGCAGAAGACAUGGUGAAGAAGAGCUUUAACAUUCCAGUACAGUUUGAUAUUUUGCAUCGCGACCCGUAUCUAUGGACAUUGAGAGGGGACAAAACAGCUUUUCGUGCCGCCGUUGCUGCCGCCCAAGUCGCGAAUGUAGUUAAACUGUUGGCGGUGUAUUUUCAGGCCCUUUACACUGUUCCGACACAAGCUGGAGACCUCGAACCAUUAUCAACUGGCCAGGUUUCCCUGACAAUUUUGAGAGUGAUGGCAGUCCAGAUUUACAAGGCUCAUUACAGGGCUUCUGAAAUCCUUGCGGAUAUGCCGCUUCCUACCCUACCAAUUGCUAUCCCAACGGUCUUUAAAGAAGUCCCAAACGGUACAUUUAUUCUGGAUAAGCAGAAUAUUCCUCUGCCUUCCCCUGCUGGACCUGAUACAAGUGUUAACAUCUCAUCCACGAAGCCAUGGAUGCCAGGCACAGUAGGAGGGCGAGACUUCAAUGCGACUCCACAGACUGAUCCAUCAACUUUUAUUUUCCACAAAGCUUCAACCGACAAUGCGUUCGAUGUCACAACUGUGGGUACAGUGAAGGAAGUAGCUUCCGACGCUUAUGACAGUCUACAGGUCGAUGGACUGCUUAAGUUAAGCGAUUUGCGACCCAGCACGGACGUCACGGAAGCUGUCGCUUCAACUGCAACAGGCUUCAACACCAUCCUGAAUGACAUGGCAGCAUUGCCUACCAGCAUAUCACCUCCUGCUCCUCCUCCACCUCCCUCUGGGUCAGGCUCCGAUUCUCUCCUUUCGCCUCCAUUACCGCCUUCGACCACCGUCAUGCCACCUUCCGACAUGAUAGAGAAGCUUGCCAAAGUCGUCAUCACGACGUACCAUCCUACCGUGGUGAACUCCAUUGAACAGGUCGCGGAGGGGAAGAGCUCUGUGCAGCAGUAUAAAACAUCGAUGACCACGACCCAGCUGAACCAGUUGAUAUCAACGGCUUCCGUUCCCAACAGCUUUGAACUUCCAGAUCCUCAAUCGCCGGACUCAGUGGAAGAGGGAGUUACCAAUGGAGUGCCCCUUUCAGGGGGUGAGCCGUCUCCAGGAGGUGGUCCUAAGUCGUCUCCGUCGGGUAUCACGUCGAAGCAAAAGCGGACCAUACUAUUGGGUGUGGUGAUUAGCAUUGGGGUAUCGUUGCUGGCAUCGGUCGCGAUAUGCAUCUACCGCGGUAGCCGGAAAACAGCAACGGCAGUUGAAAUCCAACCCGAAGUUGAGAUCCAACCCGCACCCCCAAGAUAACCUAAGGCUCGAUGCCGCCUUGGCAAACCACUUGGAGCAGAAGGACCGAUCUGAUUCAAUGAGAUACAUGUCCGCUUGGGCUACCUGACCCGGGGAAACAUACUUUGUC